GGCAAACAUCAAAAUCUGAUUGGAACUGGCUCUGACGUGGAAGUGAUAUUUUUUCGUAAUUUCUUCGACGUGUUUGAAGAAAUUCUAGCGUUUAUACAGUGGAAAAAUAGUUGAAAAUUGCAUAAAACGCGAGCAGAGACCCUUUACUUUAGAGUACUUGUGGUUUUAAAAAUUUUUUUGCAAUUAACAUAGCUGUAAUUGCAACAAAUUUUCACACAUCCCAUACAACAAAGUGCUGUGCAUUCUGUGAGAAAGUUCAGUUUUCUGCACCGACCGUCUCCACCUUCCGCGCAUUCUUGUUUUGUAUACUUGGCAAACAAAGGCAAAAACAAUUAAGCUAGAAAAGAGUUAAAGAAAUAGAAAAACAUGAAUCCGAACGUCUACGGGGCACCACCACAACAACCACAAUAUGCAAUGGGCUGGCCGCCGGCUCCACAGCAGCCAACGCAACCAGGUAUAGUACCACCUCAAAUGAGAGCGCCGAGUGGUGGUGGCUACCCACCCAACAGCAUGCCGCCAACAUCGGCAGCAUCCGUAUUGGGAAGUGUGCCCGGAACACAGCUACCACAACAAAAUUAUGGACAAGGGCAUCAACCAGGAGUACUAAAUGGCAAUUAUCAACAACAGUUAACAUCUUCAAUGAGUUGCCUAUCCAUGAACCCUUUAAAGCAACAAACACCUGUUCCUCCUCAAAACAAUACGCCAUAUGCAAACGCUAACUUACCCGGUGCGCCCAUAUCUGCGCCUCCCACUAUUGCUAGCGCUCCAGAUGCCCCACCAUUGACAAAUGGACCUCCAACUGGUGGGCAAUCGCAACAGCCAUUACCAAGCAAUAAUAACCCAGCACCAAAUGCAGCGACUCCACGUAUGCAAUCUGUACCAGGUGGACCAAAUCAAAUGACUGUAAACAGCGCAAGCUUACCAGGAUUGCCACACAUACCGCCAGCUAAACCGAGUGCUGGCCCGCAAUUACCUGGCCAACCACCAGUUUCUGCAGCGCCACCAAUUUCAGCAGCUGGCGCUAUGCCACAAUAUCAGCCACCGGGCGCACAACAAAUGCCACCUAGGCCAGGUCAACUUUCACAACCUGGCAUCCCUCAGCAACAACCACAACCGGCUGUAUUACCAGGUCAACCAGGUUUGCCGCCUACAUCGGCGGCAGCAACGCUGCCACCUCAACCGGGCAUGCCACCGAUGCCUGGCUAUCCUUCACAACCACAACCGUUAGGUUAUCCGCCACUACCACAGCAACAGCAGCAGCAGCCACAGCAAGCGGGUUAUCACGCACAGCCGCCACAACCUGGCUAUCCCCCGCAACCCGGACAACCUGAUUACCCGCCACAACCACAGCAGCCGGGUUUCCCACCACAACAACCUGGCUAUCCUCCCCAACCGCCUAUGCAGGGUGCCUAUGCUGGGCAAAUGAUGCCACCAACACAACCCGGACAGCCGCCAAUGCCAGGACGUCCCGGUUUUAAUCAACCACCAGCACCGGGUAGCAUGUAUCAACAGCCGCAACAGUAUCCUCAGGCUCAGCGCCGUCUCGAUCCCGAUCAGAUGCCAAAUCCAAUAAGCGUUAUUAUUGAAAACCAGCGUAAUGCUGGUGGCGCUUUUGUCACCAAUCAGCCAGGUCUUUUGCCGCCAUUGGUCACUACCAAAUAUGUGGUGCAGGAUCAGGGAAAUUCCUCGCCACGUUAUGUCAGAUCCUCUUUGUAUUGCAUCCCCGCUACGGCUGAUUUAUUGAAAACUACAGCUUUGCCAUUUACCCUGCUCGUCUCACCAAUGGCACGUACAGUGGAGGAUGAAUAUGAGCCCCCAAUUGUUAACUUCGGCGAAUUGGGACCAAUUAGAUGCAAUCGUUGCAAGGCAUACAUGUCACCAAAUAUGCAGUUUGUAGAUGCUGGACGACGUUUCCAAUGUCUUAUGUGCAAAGUAACCACAGAAGUGCCAACUGAAUAUUUCCAACAUUUGGAUCACACCGGACAACGUGUAGACAAGUAUGAACGUCCCGAAUUAGUAUUGGGUACCUAUGAAUUUUUGGCUACGAAGGACUAUUGCCGCAAUAACACACCCCCGGAAAUACCUGCUUUCGUAUUCGUGAUUGAUGUCUCUUACAACACCAUCAAAUCGGGUUUAGUGCAUUUACUUUGUUCGCAGGUCAAGCAGAUAUUAAAACACCUACCCGUUGAUCAGGGGCAGGAGAAAUCUAAAAUGCGUGUCGGUUUUAUUACCUACAACAGUACAGUGCACUUUUAUAAUAUAAAGAGUAGCUUGGCACAACCUCAAAUGAUGGUCGUUGGCGAUGUACAGGACAUGUUUAUGCCACUACUUGACGGCUUCCUUUGUCAUCCUGAAGAAUCCGAUGCUUUAAUCGAUGCUCUAAUGGAGCAAAUACCGAAAAUGUUUGUCGAUACAAAAGAGACCGAAACCGUGUUCUAUCCAGCUGUACAAGCCGGUCUGGAAGCAUUGAAAGCUUCCAAUUGUGCUGGCAAAUUGUUAGUCUUCAAUUCGACACUUCCAAUUGCUGAAGGACGCGGAAAGUUAAAGAAUCGUGAUGAUCGUAAAUUGCUUGGUACUGAAAAGGAGAAAACUGUGCUUACGCCACAGUGUAAUUCUUACAAUGCAUUGGGGCAGGAAUGUGUACAGAAUGGAGUGUCGGUUGAUUUAUUCUUAUUUAAUAAUUCAUACAUUGAUAUUGCAACGGUGGGUCAAGUAUCACGACUCAGUGGCGGAGAGGUCUACAAGUACACCUACUUCCAAGCUGACCUGGAUGGCAAUCGUUUGAUUGAGGACAUCAUCAAGAACGUGUCACGCCCAAUUGCUUUUGAUGCUGUUAUGCGCGUGCGCACUUCAGCCGGCAUACGUCCAACUGAUUUCUAUGGUCACUUCUUUAUGACAAACACAACCGAUGUUGAAUUGGCUAGCACAGACUGCAACAAGGCUGUUGCUAUUGAGAUUAAGCAUGAUGACAAAUUGCCUCCCGAGGAGAACAUUUACUUACAAAUCGCUCUACUCUACACAUCGGUUAGUGGUCAGCGUCGCUUGCGUAUUUUGAAUUUAGCACUUCGUGCCACUACUACAAUUGCGGAGGUAUUCAAAUGCUGCGAUUUGGAUGCCAUGAUGUUGUUAUUUGCUAAACAAGCUUGCUUCAAAUUGCUCGAGCUCACACCGAAGCAAGUCAAGGAUAAUCUCAUAAAUCGUUCAGCGCAAAUAUUGGCAUGCUAUCGAAAACAUUGCACUUCACCAACAUCUGCUGGUCAACUUAUACUGCCAGAGUGCCUGAAAUUGUUGCCGCUCUAUGUCUCUUGUUUGAUGAAAAAUGACGCCAUCUCUGGUGGUUCCGACAUGACGCUCGACGAUCGUUCUUACGUCAUGCAAUUUGUGAUGACCAUGGAUUUGAAUAUGUCUGUUAGCUACUUGUAUCCACGUUUCAUUCCAAUUCACAAUGUCGAUAUAGAUGACAAUGAAUUGCCAAUGUCGUUACGUUGUACACACGAAAAGAUGAGCGAAGAUGGCGCCUACAUUCUCGAAAACGGUGUGCAUCUCUUUGUUUGGCUGGGUCAAUCGUGUCCACAAAGCUUCUUACAACCGAUAUUCGGUGUGCAGUGCACACAGCAAGUGAAUGCAGAACGUUUUGCGAUUAUUGGUGAAACGCCAUUGGCUCAGCGUGUGCGCAACAUUAUCGAUACGAUUAUGAAGGAACGUACUAGGAACAUGAGGGUAACUUGCGUGCGACAAAACGACAAACUGGAAUCGGUAUUCCGACAUUUCCUGAUUGAAGAUCGCGGCACAGACGGUUCACCCAGCUAUGUCGACUUCUUAUGUCACUUGCAUAAGGAGAUUAAAGAUUUAUUAAGUUAGCUUGUAGGUUUUGGAAAAAGUAGCAGCAACUGCAACUGUAAUAUGUCGUCGCAAAGUGGGAAUAAAGAACAAACAACAACAACAAGGUACGCCACCACAGCGUCGCCGCUAUUGUGCCGUAGCUAUUCCUAGAAUCGAGCACGUUUGCAUAGGCUCUUGCGUAAAAGAUGGUAGAUGAUGCAUAAUUACACGUACAUACAUACAUACCUAUAUAAACAUACAUUCAAACAAAUAAAUAAUUUGAACGCAUACAAUAGAUGGUACCGUAAUGUUAUUACUUCUAGUAUAUAUCCAUACACAACAGCAAAAAAAAAUAAAUACUAACUGCAACUUAAUGUAAUUGUGUCAACUCGCUUAAAUAAUAUGUUAAUUUGGAAUUCGCGCUAAUCCAUAUAUAUCUUGCAUUCUCCACCCCAGCGCUAGCUCUUGUGCUCUAUUCGUUUAUGUGUAUUUUAGGUAUAUGUUGUGCAAAUUUCUAUUAUUAUUAUUUUUAUUAAAUUGUAAUGAAAGCAAAGGAUAGUUAUCAUAUUUGAGAAAUAUACACGAAAACAUUAUUCAAACAAAAGAGUUAGUUGUAUUGUCUGAAAAACGAAAAAUGGCAAAAUUAUAAAAUAUAUUUGCCAAUCUUAUGCAAAUCGAUCUUAUUUCUUUCGUAGUGGUACUCACCUAACUGGAAACGUAAGCAAAAAUUUAUCAAUAUUAUAUUGUAUAGCACCUUGGAGGACUAAUGCUAGUUGAAAAUUAUGUAGACUAUAAAAAAUUAAACGUAGUUCAUUCUACAUAUUCAAUACUUUUAGAAUACCUUUAAUUGCAGUGACUUUUGACCUUCUAGCACCCAUAUGCGAGGCAUUUUAGCUAACGAAAAUCAUGUUAACUUUAUUAUGCAACUAAAUAUUAGAUAAUUAUUGCAUAUGUAUACAUGUGUAGUUUUAAUUCUUAAUAGCUCACUUGUAAACCAUUUAAGAAAAUUCAAACAUGUUGUAAUAUAAGUGUUGCGAAAAUCA